AUGGAUGGAUUGGCUGAAACAGGAUCAUCUUCUUCUUCUUCUUCUUCUUUGUGGCCAUGCACUUAUGAUGUUUUCUUAAGUUUUAGAGGAGAGGAUGUACGGAAGAAUUUCGUCGAUCAUCUAUAUACAGCUUUGCAGCAAAGAGGAAUUCACACUUUUAAAGAUGAUGAAAAACUUGAAAGAGGGAAAUCUAUUUCACCUUCACUUUUCAAAGCCAUCGAAGAGUCGAUGAUUUCCAUCAUCAUAUUCUCUCAAAACUAUGCUUCUUCUUCGUGGUGUCUAGAUGAGCUAGUUAAGAUCACUCAAUGCAUGAAACUCAGGGGACAGAUUGUUCUUCCUGUCUUCUAUGACGUGGAUCCAUCUGUCGUAAGAAAACAAAAGGCAAACGUUGGUGAAUUCUUCGCUAAACAUGAGUUAGAUUUCAAAGAUGAUGAAGAAAGGGUGAAGAGAUGGCGUACUGCUAUGACAGAAGCAGCAAAUGUAUCUGGUUGGGAUUUGCCAAAUAUUGCUAACGGGCACGAAUCAAAAUGUAUCGAGCAAAUUGUAGAAUGUGUCAUGGAGAUAUUAGAUCAUUCUGCUUCUGAUGCUACUGAAAAUCUUGUUGGAAUACGCUCAAGAAUGGGGACGGUGUAUUCCUUGUUGAAUCUGGAGUCUGAUAAAGUUCAAUUCGUUGGAAUAUGGGGAAUGAGCGGAAUUGGGAAAACAACUAUAGCAAGAGCCAUCUACGACAAGAUUUUCCGUUACUUUCAAGGUACUACUUUCCUUCAUGAAGUUGGAGAAAAUUCAGCCAAACAUGGUAUCCAACAUUUGCAGCAGAUACUUCUUUCUGAACUACUUCUGUUAAAAGAUCUAAGAAUAAACAACGUAUUUGAAGGAACCAGCUUGGUAAGAAGACGACUAAAUGGGAAACGAGUCCUAAUUGUUCUUGAUGAUGUCAAUCAUGGAAACCAGUUAGAUGCCCUAGCUAAAAGCCAUGACUGGUUUGGUGCAGGCAGUAUAAUCAUCAUAACAACAAAGGAUAAGCAGUUGCUUCGUCAAUAUAACGUGGACAAAAUGUAUAAAGUGAGUCUGUUAAACACUGAUGAAAGUAUUGAACUCCUUAGUUCAUAUGCAUUCCAGAAACACCAUCCCAAAAGUGGAUAUGAAGAGAUCAUAGCUGAAGUUGUUCGGUAUGCUGGUGGUCUUCCAUUAGCUCUUAAAGUUUUGGGUUCCUCUCUGUAUGGCAGAGGCAUGAUUGAAUGGAGAGAAACAGUGGAGAGACUAAAACAAAUUCCAGAAGGCGAAAUUGUAGAAAAACUCAAAGUAAGUUUCAAUGGACUAAGUGAGAUUGACCAAAAGAUCUUCUUAGAUAUUGCAUGUUUCUUUAAAGGGAAGAAGAAAGGUUCUGUAAUUAGAAUUCUUCGUAGUUUCAGUUUUACUCCUGUCAUUGGCAUAAGAAAUCUCAUCGAAAAAUCUCUUGUAACUGUUUCAAAAGGUCGGAUUGUGAUGCAUCAGUUGAUCCAAGAGAUGGGUUGGUAUAUUGUUCGCAAAGAAGCUUCAAACAAUCUUGGCAAGUAUACUAGGCUCUGGUCUCCCGAUGAUAUUCUUCAUGUACUAUCUGAAAAUCCGGGCACAGAAGCUGUGGAAGGCAUAUGGUUGCACUUGCCUAUUCCGAAAGACAUAAAUGUUGGUGCAGAAGCCUUCAAAUAUACGGACAACCUGAGGCUGCUCAAGAUGCACAAUGCAAGUGUCUCCGUAGCUCCAGAUUGUCUUCCUAAUAAAUUGAUAUGGCUUCAUUGGCAUGGCUACCCAAUGAAGUCCCUUCCAGCAGGUUUUCGAGCAGAAAGGCUUGUUUGUCUGAAAAUGCAGUAUAGCCGCGUUGUACACUUGUGGAAGGGAAUAAAGGUCCUACACAAACUGAAGUUUCUCAACCUUAGUCACUCCCAAAAGCUAGUCAGCUGUCCAGAUUUCACGGGGGUGCCCAAUCUCGAGAAGUUGGUUCUUGAAGAUUGUUCGAGUAUAAUUGAGAUCCACCCUUCUGUCGGAUAUCUCAAAAAUCUUGUUCUACUAAACCUGAAGAACUGCAGGAAUCUUAAGAGCCUUCCAAACAAUAUUCGAUUGGAUAAUCUUGAGACUUUAAUUCUUUCUGGCUGCUUGAAACUCGCGAAUUUCCCAGAAAUCACGAGUGACAUGAAUUGCUUAUCUGAGGUCUACUUGGAAGCUACAGAUGUAAAAGAGUUGCCUUCAUCAAUUGAACGUCUCACUGGCCUUCAAUUGAUGAAUCUAGGCUACUGCAGGAAUCUUACAAAUUUACCAAAAACCAUAGGCAGAUUAAAAUCUCUUAGGAUUCUUAUUCUCUCUGGAUGUUCAAAACUAGAAAAGUUGCCAGAGGAACUAGGACAUAUAGCAAUCUUGGAGGAACUCUAUUGUGACGAAACUGCCAUUCGAAGCCCACCAUCCUCAAUUACACUAUUGAAGAACCUUAAGAUCUUAUCUUUUCAUGGAUGUAAAGGCAUGGUAUCUCAGACAUGGAAUUCACUUUUCUUGGCAUGGCUUCGGCCAAGAAAACAUAAUCAAAAGCCAACUCCUUUUCCAGUUUAUUUUCUUUGA